AUGGAAAGAGAUAAAUUACCUUUAUCUAGUUUAGUAAAUACUGAAUUUUAUUUUGAGGAAGAGGAUGCUGGCGAAGUUAACGAUGAAGAUACAGAUUCAGAACAACCAAAAAUAAGUACUACUUCCAAACCACUUCACCCAAUUAAAGAUUAUGCAAUAAUAUGGCUAGAAGCCAAUUUAAAAAUCUCACGAAAUUCAGAUGACAAAAAAGAUAGGCAAAAUCUUGGGCGAUACUUAUCUGACAAAAAUGAAUGGAAAUUGGUUGAAGAAUUGGUUAAAAUUUUUGAACUAUUUGAAAUAGUGACUAAAGCAUUCAGUACUGAAAAAUAUCCUACAUUGUCGGUUGUAUAUCCUAUAAUCGAAGUUCUAAAAUCUGAAUUUGAAAAAGACCUGAAUUUAACUUUAACUGAAGAUGAUUUUAAUGAAUAUAGUAGCGAUAGUAGUGAUAGCGAAAGUGAAGAGGUUCAGAAUUGUGACGUUCAAUCAGUAAUUGCUCAAGUUAAGCAGGCAAUUUACAAUUUGCUUUGUAAAUAUUGGGGUAACCCAAAAGACACCGGUCUCUUAGCAACUCUACUAGAUUCUAGGCUUAAAAAAUUGCAUACCUUUUCUAAUUAUUUAAAAAAUGAGACAAUUAGAGUAUGCUGUGAAGAAAUUAUUGUUGAUGUAAUGCCUAUACAGUCUACUUCUUCCAGUGUAACUUCAACAAAUCGGUGA